AUGAGACUCGCACGCCUGGCAGUUUGUGAUGUCCCUCGUGGAAGCAGCCUUCUCCUGGGAGGUGGACAAGGGCUGGAGAUGGGUGGCUUGUGGUUGUGUGGGCGCGGGGUGGGUGUGACAGGGGCUGUGACAGUGCUGGGUGGGCCCAGCCGAGCUCGGGCUGUCGGCGUGGUCAACAGCAGCUUCCUCCACGAGCCAGCUGCCCAGAGCAGCAUCCUCCUUGCUAGGCCUUCGUUGGCUUUGGUUCAGCUCCAGCGACCCGAUUCUCCUUCUCUUUUCUUCUCCGAACGAAUCCACCCAGCCCAGCCCACCGCCGAGCUGCUCAAGUUCUCCAUGAGCAUCACCGGCCACCAUGACCGUCCCCACCGUCAGUCGCUCGCAGGCUCGACCAUCCAGCUGCCGCCCAUCUACGGUCCCAUCGGAUUCAGGCGCUCCCCGCUACCCUCCUUCGCCGCCCUCCCCCCCAUCAUCCCUGGCCUCGUGACCGGAGCCCAGCCGCCAUCAACGUCGUCGUCGUCGUUCCCGCGCAAGAGCAGCCUCGCCGACUUCCAGCUGCCCCUAUCCGCCCGCCACCAUCAUCAGUUGCCGUCCCCCAUCCACUCCUCCUACUUCUGCUCCCCACCCUACUCGUCCCCAAUGCUCUCCCCCCACCCUGCCCUCGUCUGCGCCUCCCAUCCAGCAGCAGCCUAUGUCAGUAGCAACCCGCCAAAGCGCUCCAAAGCCGCACUGGCCACCGAAGAUUGGGACCAUCCUAGCUUCGCGAGACCGCCCCAUCGCGCAGUCCCCGAGCCCUCGCUGCUCGCCAAGACCGCCGACUUCUGGCGCCCCGCGGCUCCCGGGAGCCCCAUGGACCUCUCCACCGACAUCCACGGCUCCCUCUCGGCCAAGGAUCUCCAAGCCCAGCCCAUCUGCGACGAGCCCCUCGUGCCCAACGUCUAUCCCGUCCCCCCGCCCCCACCCUACGAGCAAUCUGCGGCCCCGCUCUCGGACUUGGCUGCAGACAUCGUCUGGGAACGCUGUUACUUCCCCAAGCCCCGGGCCGCCUCGACCGCCCCUGCUGCUGCCGCUGGUGUUGCCCCAUGGGACUCCGCGUUCUCCUGGUCGACCUCGUACGGCUUCCAUUCCAGCCCCACUAGUCACAUGGCCCCGUCAUUGGUGAACCCUACUUGCUGGCCGGGCGGGCCAUCGACAACACCCGGCUUCGGGGUGAUUGGCGCGGAAGCCAAGGCGCGCCGGUUCCAUCGCCCAUACCCUCCUGCCUCCUCCGUCAGCCCCCCUCCACCCUCCGACGUCUCCUCCCACUCGCCCCACCCGCAUGGAAGGAAGCCGUCGCUCGGCCAAGCCGGGAAGGUCGAGGUCAAGCCCGCGUUCCGUCGCUGGACUAGACAGGUCCUCGAAAGCACCCUCCUGUCCCCCCAGGUGCUCAUCCUUGCCCUCUUCUAUGUCGACCAGCUCGCGGGAGUCGACGUCUUUGGUGACUUGAAUGGCAAGAUGUCGCUUGCGCCUUACAAGAUGCUCCUGGCUGCGUUGGUCGUCGCCAAUAAAACCUUGGACGACCAUAGCUACCGCAACUCGACGUUUGCGAAUGUGUCCAGCAUGACUAAUGCCGAGGUCAAUGCCAUCGAGGUGUGCUUGCUGAAAGCGCUGAAGUUUGAUGUCGUUCCCACGACUGUGCAAUGGACGGGCUGGCUCAAAGAAGUGAUCGGAGCAGGCGAGCGGAGCGGUCUUCUGAUGCCGCCGGAGCUCGUUGGCCCCCCGUCGCCGAUCUCCCCGCAUCUGCCGUCCCCGGCGCUGUUCGCCGGCGGCUUCGACGGCUUCCCUAGCCUCCCCAACCAUCUGCUCCACGGCUCCAUCUUCGACCAAGCCCCGACGCCCGACUUCCAGUGGCAUCCUUCUUCCACCCCCAUCAACACCUCGAGCUCACCGGCGCUUCCCGCACCGGCCCCAACGCAUUCGCCUCCGCCUUCCAACACCAUCCCGGCCCCGGCUCCGCCGCAGGCUGUUUCGUCCGCACUUAUUCAGGCUUCGGGCCCAUCUAGGGUGUCCCACCCCCUCGAUCGUCUUAUUUAUGUGAGUACUCGCUUCGAUCUGGGCUCUGCGUCGACGUCUGCUGACGGGGUCUCUCGACAGUAG